GCAGCCGCCGGAGCCGGAGCCGCCGCGGCCGGAGCCUGAUGCCGGGAGCUCGGCGCUGAGCGGGGGGCUCGGGCCCGGAGAUGGGGAUUCUCAGCAUCACGGACCAGCCUCCUCUGGUCCAAGCCAUCUUCAACCGUGAUCUAGAGGAGGUGAGGUCGUUGCUGAACCAGAAAGAGAAUAUCAAUAUAUUGGACCAAGAACGACGAACCCCACUGCAUGCUGCUGCCUACUUAGGAGAUGUCCCAAUCAUUGAGCUCCUAAUACUGUCAGGUGCUAACAUAAAUGCAAAGGACACUGUUUGGCUCACCCCGCUGCAUCGCGCCGCAGCUUCCCGCAAUGAGAAGGCACUUAACCUCCUCCUGAAGCACUCAGCGGACGUCAACGCCCGCGAUAAGUUCUGGCAAACGCCGCUCCACGUCGCCGCUGCCAACAGAGCCACCAAGUGCGCGGAGGCCAUCAUCCCCCUGCUGAGCAGUGUCAACGUGGCAGAUCGCACGGGCCGCACAGCGCUGCACCACGCCGUGCACAGCGGCCACAUCGAGAUGGUGAACUUGCUCUUAAACAAGGGAGCCAGCCUGAGCACGUGUGACAAGAAGGAGCGUCAGCCCAUCCACUGGGCAGCCUUCCUAGGGCAUUUGGAAGUUCUGAAGCUGCUGGUGGCCCGGGGCGCUGACGUCAUGUGUAAGGAUAAGAAGGGUUACACCUUGCUCCACACCGCAGCAGCCAGUGGCCAGGUCGAGGUCGUGAAACAUCUGCUGAGGCUGGGAGUCGAGAUCGAUGAACCCAAUUGCCUUGGGAACACUGCACUUCACAUCGCCUGUUACAUGGGCCAGGACGCCGUGGCCAAUGAACUCGUCAACUACGGCGCCAACGUCAAUCAGCCCAACGAGAAGGGCUUCACCCCUCUGCACUUUGCUGCCGUCUCCACCAAUGGGGCCCUUUGCCUGGAGCUCCUCGUGAACAAUGGCGCUGACGUGAACUUUCAGAGUAAGGAAGGGAAGAGCCCUUUGCAUAUGGCUGCCAUUCACGGACGGUUUACGCGUUCUCAGAUCCUCAUACAGAACGGCAGCGAGAUAGACUGUGCUGACAAAUAUGGCAAUACCCCCCUCCACGUUGCUGCUAGAUACGGCCACGAGCUGCUAAUUAGUACUUUGAUGACGAAUGGUGCUGACACUGCAAGGCGUGGAAUCCACGACAUGUUCCCUCUGCACUUAGCUGUUCUCUUUGGAUUUUCAGACUGUUGUCGUAAGCUACUUUCCUCAGGUCAGCUGUACAGCAUCGUCUCCUCGCUGAGCAACGAGCACGUGCUGUCCGCAGGUUUCGAUAUCAACACGCCUGACAACCUUGGGAGGACGUGCCUCCAUGCUGCUGCUUCUGGAGGGAACGUUGAAUGUCUUAAUUUGCUGUUGAGCAGCGGUGCUGACUUGAGGAGGAGAGAUAAAUUUGGAAGGACUCCACUGCACUACGCAGCUGCCAAUGGCAGCUAUCAGUGUACAGUGACACUGGUCACUGCCGGAGCCAGUAUUAACGAGACGGACUGUAAAGGCUGCACUCCCUUACACUAUGCUGCUGCUUCGGACACGUACAGGAGAGCGGAGACUCAUUCAGGAAACAGCCAUGACACUGACGAGGAGCCACUGAAGGAGUCCAGAGUGAAGGAGGCAUUCUUUUGUUUAGAGUUCUUACUGGAUAACGGUGCGGACGCGUCGCUCCGGGACAAGCAGGGAUACACCGCUGUCCACUAUGCAGCUGCCUACGGCAACAGACAGAACCUCGAGCUGCUCCUGGAAAUGUCUUUUAACUGCCUGGAGGACGUGGAAAGCACCAUCCCAGUCAGCCCUUUGCACUUAGCUGCCUAUAACGGUCACUGUGAAGCCCUGAAAACACUAGCCGAAACCCUCGUGAACCUUGACGUGCGGGACCACAAAGGGCGGACGGCACUGUACCUUGCCACGGAGAGGGGCUCCACGGAGUGCGUGGAGGUGCUCACCAGCCACGGCGCUUCCGCCCUCGUGAAGGAGAAGAAGAAGAAGUGGACGCCGCUCCAUGCUGCAGCUGCCUAUGGGAACACAGAUUCCCUACACCUUCUGAUCGACAACGGGGAGCGGGCGGAUCUCACCGAUGUUAUGGACAUCCAUGGCCAAACCCCACUGAUGCUGGCGAUCAUGAACGGCCACGUCGACUGUGUCCAUCUCUUGCUGGAGAAGGGAUCCACAGCAGAUGCAGCAGACAGGAGAGGCAGGACUGCGCUGCACCGAGGGGCGGUGACGGGGUGUGAGGACUGCCUGGGAGCCCUGCUGGACCACGAUGCCUUUGUAUUGUGUCGGGAUUUCAAGGGUCGAACCCCGAUCCAUUUUGCAUCGGCAUGUGGGCAUUCAGAAAUCCUGAGGACCUUGCUGCAGGCAGCGCUCUCUACUGACCCUCUGGACUCCGUGGUCGAUUACAGCGGCUACUCACCGAUGCACUGGGCUUCGUACAGCGGACAUGAAGAUUGUCUUGAAUUGUUACUUGAACACAAUCCAUUUGUGUACCUAGAAGGAAACCCCUUUACUCCAUUGCACUGUGCAGUAAUUAACAGCCAGGAAGGCACUGCUGAAAUGCUGGUGGAAGCAUUGGGUGCCAAGAUUGUUAAUAGCAGAGAUGCCAAAGGAAGGACACCCCUUCACGCUGCUGCCUUUGCAGACAACAUCCACGGUUUACAGCUGCUGCUGCGUCACCAGGCUGAGGUAGACACGACUGACCAGUUGGGAAGGACCCCUCUCAUGAUGGCUGCUGAGAACGGGCAGACCGCAGCAGUCGAGUUCCUGCUGUAUAGAGCGAAAGCAGAUUUAACUGUGCUGGACGUCAACAAGAACACAGCUCUUCACCUGGCCUGCAGCAAGGGUCAUGAAAAGUGUGCCUUGUUGAUCCUGGGGGAAACCCAAGACCUUGGCCUUAUCAAUGCAACUAACAGUGCUCUGCAGAUGCCGCUUCAUAUUGCAGCUCGGAAUGGGCUAGCCUCUGUUGUCCAGGCCUUGCUCAGCAGAGGUGCCACUGUACUUGCUGUGGAUGAAGAAGGUCACACCCCAGCCUUGGCUUGCGCCCCCAACAAGGAUGUUGCAGACUGCCUGGCACUUAUCCUCUCCACCAUGAAGCCUUUUCCACCUAAAGACGCCAUCAGCCCUUUCAGCUUCAACCUCCUCAAGAACUGCGGCAUUGCAGCCAAAACAGCGGCCUGCGGGGCCCUGCCCAACGGCAGCACGUGCCCGUACACAACGGACCGGCACAAUGCUAUCGGCUUAGACGGCUGUUACUCGGAGUAGCUUAAACGAUGGGAGGGAGAGUGGGUGGUCAGUCCCAGAUCUGCACAUCCCAGCCGCUGAGAUCGGGAGAUAGCACUAAAAACACAGCUCCGGAGGGGAACGAGUAAGCUUCAUUUCCCAGGACGUUCCCAGCGCUUACGUGGUUUUUGUCCGGACAACGGACCUGUGUCGUUUUUCUGAGCGUAUCAGAUUAUAAGUAUUAGUAAAACAAAAAUAAAAAUCAACCUUUUUUUUUUUUUGGUUAGGUGGGAGCAGCAGGGGUGGGGAACAGCACUGAGAUCUCCCCAAUCUCUUGUCCCACCCCAUCAAAAAAAUAAAAUAAAAUAAAAAGGAUCAACUUCCAUCUCAAGAUUUCCUCUUGCACUUCAACCCUAAUUAGGAGGAGUGUUUCCUCCUCACCAAAAGGCUCCAUGCCACAGGGACCAGAAAGGGGGGGUGGAAUUUGUGUGAUUCCCCCCCCCUCUACACCCCCAGUUGUGAAUGUCAAAGGUCUUUUCUGUUCCAUUCACACUGUAAGCCCUGCUCUCACCUUUGCCUUCAAUAAGAAACCAAAGGAAAAACCCAACCCUCCAUUUGAGAUCACGGGCGUGAAAACGUGGACCGUUCGGGUUUGGGGCUUUGCGGCUGCAAAAAGCCCUUUGAACCUCUUCUCCUGGCUGGGGUCAGCAGCACUGGGGGUGUAUUGAAAAUCUGAAACCGCCAGCAGGAGAGUAAAAACUGGACACGGUUUUUUUUGUUUGUUUGUUUUUUGGGGAGGGGGGAGGGGGGGCGUGAUGUGAAACUUUUCAGCUGAAGCAAGAGGGGGAGACAACCAGGAGGAAAGGAACUCUUUGAAAUUUAGAGCGAUGGCUCCAUUUGGAUCAUGAAUAUUUAGUCAGACUUAGAGUCCUUAAAGAUACAAUGUGAAACAAACCAACUAGAAUCCGAAGGGGAGGGGGAAAUACACCUUUAAGGACUUUUAAGGCAUCUGUAGCAAGCUCUCAGUGUCUUUACAAUAUCCUAUGUGUAAAUGCUGCACCUCUGUAUAUUAUGCACAUAAAGCAUUUCUUUGAAUAAGA